AAAAAUGUUCUAGAAGCAAGUGGAAAGCUCAGCGGUGGGAUGGGGUGUGGGAGGCCCGGGCUGUGGGCCCUACCUGCUCUGGGGUGGGGUGUGUGGAGCCAGCUGUCCGGGUGCGGUGCGAGGGCUCAGGCGCCUGUCUCCUGCCACAGUGCACGUGCCGGAAGGACAUGGUCAAGAUCUCCAUGGACGUGUUCGUGCGCAUCCUGCAGCCCGAGCGCUACGAGCUGUGGAAGCAGGGCAAGGACCUCACGGUGCUGGACCACACGCGGCCCACGGCGCUCACCAGCCCUGAGCUGAGCUCCUGGAGUGCGUCCCGGGCCUCGCUGAAGGCCAAGCUCCUCCGCAGGUCUCACCGGAAACGGAGCCAGCCCAAGAAGCCGAAGCCCGAAGACCCCAAAUUCCCCGGGGAGGGUACGGCUGGGGCGGCGCUCCUGGAGGAGGGGGGCAGCGUGAAGGAGGAGGCUGGGCCAGAGGCUGACCCCGAGGAGGAGGAGGAGGAGCCGCAGCCACUGCCACACGGCCGGGAGGCUGAGGACGCAGAAGAGGAUGGGAGGGGCAGGCUACGGCCAACCAAGGCCAAGAGCGAGCGGAAGAAGAAGAGCUUCGGCCUGCUGCCCCCGCAGCUGCCACCCCCGCCUGCUCACUUCCCCUCAGAGGAGGCGCUGUGGCUGCCAUCCCCACUGGAGCCCCCGGUGCUGGGCCCGGGCCCUGCGGCCACGGAGGAGAACCCCCUGCCGGCGCCCCUCAAUGUCGUGCCCCCUGAGGUGCCCAGCGAGGAGCUAGAGGCCAAGCCUCGGCCCAUCAUCCCUAUGCUGUACGUGGUGCCACGGCCAGGCAAGGCAGCCUUCAACCAGGAGCACGUGUCCUGCCAGCAGGCCUUUGAGCACUUUGCCCAGAAGGGUCCGACCUGGAAGGAACCAGUCUCCCCCAUGGAGCUGACGGGGCCAGAGGAUGGUGCAGCCAGCAGUGGGGCCGGUCGCAUGGAGACCAAAGCCCGGGCCGGAGAGGGGCAGGCACCGUCCACGUUUUCCAAAUUGAAGAUGGAGAUCAAGAAGAGCCGGCGCCAUCCCCUGGGCCGGCCGCCCACCCGGUCCCCGCUGUCGGUAGUCAAGCAGGAGGCCUCAAGUGACGAGGAGGCAUCCCCUUUCUCCGGGGAGGAAGACGUGAGUGACCCGGAAGCCUUGAGGCCACUGCUGUCUCUGCAGUGGAAGAACAGGGCGGCCAGCUUCCAGGCCGAGAGGAAGUUCAACGCGGCGGCUGCGCGUACGGAGCCCUACUGCGCCAUCUGCACGCUCUUCUACCCCUACUGCCAGGCCCUACAGACCGAGAAGGAGGCGCCCACAGCCUCCCUCGGAGAGGGCUCCUCGGCCACAUUGCCCUCCAAAAGCGGUCAGAAGACCCGACCGCUGAUCCCCGAGAUGUGCUUCACCUCUGGCGGCGAGAACACGGAGCCGCUGCCUGCCAACUCCUACAUCGGCGACGACGGGACCAGCCCCCUGAUCACCUGCGGCAAGUGCUGCCUGCAGGUCCAUGCCAGUUGCUAUGGCAUCCGUCCCGAGCUGGUCAAUGAAGGCUGGACGUGUUCCCGGUGCGCGGCCCACGCCUGGCCAGCGGAGUGCUGCCUGUGCAACCUGCGAGGAGGUGCGCUGCAGAUGACCACCGAUAGGAGGUGGAUCCACGUGAUCUGCGCCAUCGCAGUCCCCGAGGCGCGCUUCCUGAACGUGAUUGAGCGCCACCCUGUGGACAUAAGCGCCAUCCCCGAGCAGCGGUGGAAGCUGAAAUGCGUGUACUGCCGGAAGCGGAUGAAGAAGGUGUCGGGUGCCUGCAUCCAGUGCUCCUACGAGCACUGCUCCACGUCCUUCCACGUGACCUGCGCCCACGCCGCCGGCGUGCUCAUGGAGCCGGACGACUGGCCCUACGUGGUCUCCAUCACCUGCCUCAAGCACAAGUCGGGGGUUCACGCUGUCCAGCUCCUGAGGGCCGUGUCUCUAGGCCAGGUGGUCAUCACCAAGAACCGCAACGGGCUGUACUACCGCUGCCGCGUCAUCGGUGCCGCCACGCAGACCUGCUACGAAGUGAACUUCGACGAUGGCUCCUACAGUGACAACCUGUACCCCGAGAGCAUCACGAGUAGGGACUGUGUCCGGCUGGGACCCCCUUCCGAGGGGGAGCUGGUGGAGCUCCGGUGGACUGACGGCAACCUCUACAAGGCCAAGUUCAUCUCCUCCGUCACCAGCCACAUCUACCAGGUGGAGUUUGAGGACGGGUCCCAGCUGACGGUGAAGCGUGGGGACAUCUUCACCCUGGAGGAGGAGCUGCCCAAGAGGGUCCGCUCUCGGCUGUCACUGAGCACGGGGGCACCGCAGGAGCCCGCCUUCUUGGGGGAGGAGGCCAAGGCCGCCAAGCGCCCGCGUGUGGGCACCCCGCUUGCCACGGAGGACUCGGGGCGGAGCCAGGACUACGUGGCCUUCGUGGAGAGCCUCCUGCAGGCGCAGGGCCGGCCCGGACCCCCCUUCUAGGACAGCUGGCCGCUCAGGCGACCCUCAGCCCGGCGGGGAGGCCAUGGCAUGCCCCGGGCGUUCGCUUGCUGUGAAUUCCUGUCCUCGUGUCCCCGACCCCCGAGAGGCCACCUCCAAGCCGCGGGUGCCCCCUAGGGCGACAGGAGCCAGCGGGACGCCGCACGCGGCCCCAGACUCAGGGAGCAGGGCCAGGCGGGCUCGGGGGCCGGCCGGGGGAGCACCCCACUCAACUACUCAGAAUUUUAAACCAUGUAAGCUCUCUUCUUCUCGAAAAGGUGCUACUGCAAUGCCCUACUGAGCAACCUUUGAGAUUGUCACUUCUGUACAUAAACCACCUUUGUGAGGCUCUUUCUAUAAAUACAUAUUGUUUAAAAAAAAAAGCAAGAAAAAAAGGAAAACAAAGGAAAAUAUCCCCAAAGUUGUUUUCUAGAUUUGUGGCUUUAAGAAAAAACAAAACAAACACAUUGUUUUUCUCAGAACCAGGAUUCUCUGAGAGGUCAGAGCAUCUCACUGUUUUUUUGUUGUUGUUUUAAAAUAUUAUGAUUUGGCUACAGAGCAGGCAGGGAAAGAGGCCCGGUAAUUGGAGGGGGAGCCUGGGGAGGGGGCAGGACGCCCCGGUUUCGGCACAGCCCGGUCACUCACGGCCUCGCUCUCGCCUCGCCCCGGCUCCUGGGCUUUGAUGGUCUGGUGCCAGUGCCUGUCCCCGCUCUGCGCCUGCUUGGGGGAGGCUCUCUGGCGGCCGCCCCUGUGCACCUGGCGAGGGGAAGCCCCGGGGUCUGGGGCCUCCCUCCAUCUGCGCCCACCUUUGCAGAAUAAACUCUCUCCUGGGGUUUGUCUAUCUUUGUUUCUCUCACCCGAGAGAAACGCAGGUGUUCCAGAGGCUUCCUUGCAGACAAAGCACCCCUGCACCUCCCAUGGCUCAGGGCGAGGGAGGCCCCCAGGCCCUUCUGGUUGGUAGUGAGUGUGGACAGCUUCCCAGCUCGGGGUGCAACCCUGAGCAGGUCGGGGUUCACAGGGCCAAGGCAGGCCUUCAGGGUCCUGUUCGCCUGCUUCCGAGCAGGGACAAGGCCUGGUGUCCUCGCUCCACCCGCCCACUCUGCUGUCACCUGAGGGGAAUCUGCUUCUUAGGAGUGGGUUGAGCUGAUAGAGAAAAAAUGGCCUUCAGCCCAGGCUGGGAAGCACCUUCUCCGGGUGCCUCUCCCUCACCAGCUGUGCACCCCUCUGGGGAGCCUUCCCCAUCUUAGCUGUCUCCCGCCCCAGGGAGGGAUGGAGGGGAUAAUUUGCUUGUAUUAAAAACAAAAAACAGCUGAGGCAGGAGUUGGGCCCAGCCUGGGCCAUGUAGUGAGACCCCAUCACUACAAUUUUUUUACAAAUCAGCUGGGUGUGGUGGUGCACACCUGUGGUCCCAGCUACUUGGGAGGCUGUGGUGGGAGGACUGCUUGAGUCCAGGAGGUUGAGGCUGCCGUCAGCUCAGAUUGCACCACUGCACUCCAGCCUGGGCAACAGAGCGAGACCCUGUCUCCAAAAAAAAAAAAAAAAAAAGCAAUGUUUAUAUUAUAAAAGUGUCCUGACGGUCCCCGGGCUAGAGAGGACUGAGGAAGACGGAGAGAGUGUUACGCAGGAGCAAGCCUUUCAUUUCCUUGGUGUGGGAGGGGGGCGGUUGCCCUGGAGAGGGCCAGGGUCGGGGAGGUCGGGGGGUGUCAGCCAAAACCUGGAGGUGUCCCUCUGCACGCAGCCCUCGCCCGGCGUGGCGCUGACACUGUAUUCUUAUGUUGUUUGAAAAUGCUAUUUAUAUUGUAAAGAAGCGGACGGGUGCCCCUGCUGCCCUUGUCCCUUGGGGGUCACACCCAUCCCCUGGUGGGCUCCGGGGCAGCCUGCGCAGACGGGCCACAGAAGGGCAGGCCGGAGCUGCACGCUCUCCCCACAAAGGUAUCUCUGUGUCUUACUCUGUGCAAAGACGCGGCAAAACCCAGUGCCCUGGUUUUUCCCCACCCGAGAUGAAGGAUACGCUGUAUUUUUUGCCUAAUGUCCCUGCCUCUAGGUUCAUAAUGAAUUAAAGGUUCAUGAACGCUGCGAAACCCCG